AUGCAACUUCCUGGCGAUAUAGGGAGGCGUCUGCUGCCGUCCCAUGUGGAUGACAUCGCCCAACAUGAGCCGCACCGCGUGUUUUAUUCCGUAACUAAGACGAACAAUCCCCAGGAUGGUUUCCGCGACAUUACCUCGAAGACAUUUGCGCGAGCCGUCGACCGCUGUGCAUGGCACAUCGAGGAAAACCUCGGCCAGGGCUGGGGCCAGGACUUCCCAACGCUCUGUUACAUUGGUCCUCAGGACCUUGUCUAUGGCAUCUUGGUCCUCGCUUGCGUCAAGACGGGCUACAAAGUCCUCCUCAACUCUGCUCGCGAAACACUUGAGUCGCAUCUGUCACUCCUCGAGAAGACGAACUGUAAUAACUUCCUGCUCCCGCCGAGCUUUUCCCUGCCAGUUGUCAAGCAGAUUCUAUCUUCUCGGCAAAUGACUGUGCUCGAGAUUCCCAGCUUGCAGUAUUGGAUUAACGACUCUUGGGCCGGUACCGACAAGCCAUAUCCAUACGUGAAGUCUUUUGACGAAGGCAAGCACGACCCUUUUGCUGUCUUACAUACGUCUGGCUCUACUGGUCCACCGAAGCCAAUCGUGCAAGCACUUGGUUCUUUAUCAGCCGAGGAUGCCUUUACAGCUUUGCCAGACAUGGGGUACGAAGGAACAUGGCCAGCUACUUCUUCCGGAACCAGAUUGUAUGGCGCCUUUCCACACUUUCACUGCGCCGGUCUGCAUAUGCUCCUCCCCGUUUCCAUCUUCUCUGGAUUUACUCUCGUUCUCGGGCCCUUCCCUCCUUCUCCAGAGGUCGCAAACUCCGUCCACGUUCACGGAAACGUCCAGGAAACCAUUCUCGCACCAAUCACACUCGUCGAACUCACAAAGAACCCGGAGUACCUGAGGAACCUCUCGCGAUUGAAGCAGGUUACUUUUGGCGGCGGGCCACUCCCCCAGGCAGUUGGAGACCUCAUAGCCUCCAAAACUCGCCUGCUAAACGGCCUCGGCACAACAGAGACAGGCCAACAUCCCCUCCAACUGAGCGACCCAGAAGACUGGUUGUACAUGAGAACAAGCCCUGUUCUGGGCCAGGAAUACCGCCAGAUAUCUAGCGACUUGUACGAGCAGUUCAUUGUCCGGAAACCAGAAUUCCAACUCUUCCAAGGCGUUUUCUACAAUUUCCCGGAACUCAACGAAUGGCCAAUGAAAGACCUCUACUCCAAACACCCUACGAAGGACGGUGUUUGGUUGUACCGCGGCAGAGCAGAUGAUGUCAUCGUCUUCUCCACUGGCGAGAAGCUCGACCCUAUCGAGAUAGAGAGCACUAUCAAUGCGGACCCAGCUAUAACGUCGGCUCUAAUCACUGGUGAUGGCCACUUCCAGUCCAGUCUUCUUGUUGAGGCGGUCCGUCCGCCUACCACCGAAGCUGAGAAGGAACACUUACUGAGCAUAAUCUGGCCUUCAAUUCAAGCCGCGAAUAAGCAAUGCCCCUCCCAUGGGAGGAUUCAUAGGGACAUGGUCUUGUUUACGAGCUCUGAUAAGCCAAUGCUGAGAGCCGGCAAGGGUACGGUUCAGCGUAAGAUGACGCUUAAGUUGUAUGCCUCGGAGCUGGAUGCUCUUUACAAGGCUAGCGAGGAGUUCGUACGCGUAUCUGCGGAUGGCGGCAAUGGUGGCGGACGAAGUGCCGGAGACCUUGUAAUGGACGUUAUCACCAAAUUCACGGACAUCGAUGUGCAAGGAUUGGCGCCGGAGGCAGACCUCUUCGAGCUUGGACUGGAUUCUCUUCAAGUCAUGACGAUGGCGAGAGCAUUGAACUACUUCUUUGUGCAGCGCGGAGCGACGUCGAAGCCCCUCGAACCCAAAAUAAUUUACCUAAAUCCCAGCAUCAGCGGUCUAACCAAAGCGGUGGGCGAUCUGAUGGAGGGCAAAGACCCAGCGCAGACGGCGAAGACUGAAGAGGAGAAAAUGGAGCAACUCUACAAGACCCAGGUCAUGGAUCUUCCCAUAAUUGCGAAACAUGCUUCUCCGAGGCCACAUGAUGGGUCAACGGUGAUCAUUACGGGCUCAUCUGGAUCACUCGGCUCGUACAUCCUGGACUCGCUGAAUAGCAAUCCGCGCAUUUCUAGAGUAUACUGUCUGAAUCGCGGUCCUCAAAGCGCAGAUAGACAGCAGCAGUCGCAGGCUACGAAAGGACUGAAGCCAGUCUCUACAGACAAGGUCAUCUUCCUCGACGCAGACCUCUCGAAACCCCGACUUGGCCUUUCGUCAGACCAGUACAGAAAGCUGCUUGAGGAUACGACGCAUGUUAUCCACAACGCAUGGACAGUCGACUUCAAUCUCUCGCUGAAUUCAUACUCUACUCAGAUAGCUGCCGUGCGAAGACUGAUCGACUUCUCAGUAAGCUCUCGAUUCGAGGCCAGAGUGUUCUUCAUCUCGAGUGUCAGUGCGGUCUCGAACUGGAAGCCUGCCAACGCUGAGCAGCCAAAUGAAACGGUUUGUAUUCCGGAAGAGGUGUUGUGCGACUGGCACGUUGCACACGGGAAUGGAUAUGGACGAUCCAAGCUCGUGGCCGAGAGCAUCCUUGCUGAGGGUGCCAGGGAGUCCGGCAUCCCAGUCACGCUAUGUCGUGUCGGCCAGGUAGCUGGCCCAACUACGGGGGCCGGAGUUUGGCCGAAGCAGGAGUGGCUACCCAGCUUAAUCGCGAGUUCUAAGCAUCUCAAGAAGUUACCUAACUCCCUCGGUCAGAUGAACACCGUGGACUGGAUCCCGGUGGACCUCCUCGCAAAGGUCGUCGUCGAGUUGGCUGUCAAUGCCGCCUCCAGCAAAGGCAAUGAUGCUGCCGCCGCUGUAUUCCACGCUGCUAAUCCGCGUCAAAAUACGUGGGACAAGCUAGUACCCAUCAUUGCUCGUGGUCUCUCGGACGAUGUUGAGGUGGUGUCCCUGGAGACGUGGGUGCAGGCCCUGCGAAAGACUGCUGAUGGAGAAAACCACGAGGCACAGAACCCGGCUGUCAAACUCGUCGACUUCUUCGAAAGUUUGGUGGACAACAAGGAUAAGGAACCCUUCUUGCUGGACACGAAACGAGCAUCGGCGGUUUCGGAAACUUUGGCUGGCUUGGAGCCCGUCAAGGAAGAGUGGGUGGAGAGAUGGAUGACACAGUGGCAUUUCUGA